AUGAUCGCAGACACAAAACCAGUACAGGUGUAUCCGCUGGCCAUACACACGAGCGGAGCGCCCAUCACAAGGAGAUUCGCUUCGCACGCAGCAACAUCAAACGCCUUGCUGAGCUAUCGGGCUGGGGCGCGAUGGCUGCAACGCAGAGUCUGGCCGUUUGGCUCAAAUGCUAUCCACAACCUCCCUGCCGUUCGUCAUGCCUCCUUCGCCCGGAUCAUACCCAGUCUUGCCAUGAAGUUGCUGCGACUCCCGGCCAUGCUGGGCAUCAGUAUGGUUGCAGGAGCGGCAUACAUACAGUAUCAGGCGGGCAAAGCAGGCACCUACUUUAUGGACAUUCUCGGCAGGACCACGGCAACUGCUGGCAAUGCAGCCACAGGAGUUGUGGAUGGCGCGGGAGAUAUCUUUGCACAAUUGUCCCGAGGAUUCGACAAAACGAAGGAUGAUGUGAAGAGCGUACAGAUGCCGCAAUGGAUGAAAGACAUAUUCGAAGGAAGGAAUGGCCAAGAGGAAGGUGCCGGCGGCGGAGGACCAGAGCCCAAUGAACCGAAGCAGAGCAACAUGGGAGCCGCGGCAGCCGGUGCAGCCACUGCCGGAGUAUUUGCAAUGGGAGGAGAUGGCGACGGAGACGAACGAACAGAUGAGAUGGCAGCGAGGGACGAUCAGAUGAUGAUGCUCACUCGCAAAAUGAUCGAGAUCCGUUCACUUUUGCAAACAAUUGGGCAGUCAGAUUCUCUGACACUUCCAUCAAUUGUUGUGGUCGGCUCACAAUCAUCUGGCAAGAGUUCCGUGUUGGAGGCAAUUGUUGGUCACGAAUUCCUGCCGAAGGGUUCAAACAUGGUCACACGUCGACCGAUCGAACUUACUCUGGUCAACACCGCUGGUUCCCACGCGGAAUACGGUGAAUUCCCAGCUCUAGGCUUAGGCAAGAUCACAGACUUCACGCAGAUUCAGAAGACUUUGACCGAUCUCAACCUCGCCGUGCCGGAAGCUGAUUGUGUUUCGGAUGAUCCUAUCCAAUUGAGGAUAUACUCGCCAAAUGUGCCAGAUUUAUCCUUGAUAGAUCUUCCUGGCUACAUUCAAGUCGAGGCUUUCGAUCAGCCGACGGAGCUCAAAGGCAAGAUCCAGGAUCUGUGCGAAAAGUACAUCCAGGCGCCCAACGUAAUACUCGCCAUUUCCGCUGCAGAUGUCGACUUGGCGAACUCAACGGCUCUGCGAGCAUCUCGAAGAGUCGAUCCGCGAGGGGAGCGAACUAUUGGUGUUGUCACGAAAAUGGACCUCGUGGAUCCUGUCCGAGGAGCACAAAUACUCACUGACAAAAACUACCCACUACGACUAGGCUAUGUCGGAGUUGUGUGCAAAAUCCCCCAGGAGACGCGAUCAAUGUUCUCAAGAGGCUCUGCCAACAUCUCGCGUGCUAUAACUAAGCAUGAAGCAGCCUACUUCAAGUCCCACCCGGAAGCUUACAGUCCUGAAUCGAACACCCCUGUGACUGUUGGAACUCCCGCACUGAGGAAGAAGCUCAUGCACGUGCUAGAGUCCACGAUGUCAGCCGCCCUGGCAAACACGAGCGAAGCGAUUCAUCACGAGUUAGCCGAGGCGUCUUAUGAGUUCAAAGUCCAGUAUAAUGAACGGCCACUUUCCGCGGACAGCUACCUAGCCGAAUCGUUAGACUCCUUCAAACACGGGUUUAAAAGAUUCACAGAGACCUUCGGUCGAGAAGAGGUCAGAAACAUCGUCAAGCGAGAACUGGAUCAAAAAGUGCUGGAUUUGCUCGCCGCCAAAUAUUGGAACCGACCAAUUGAGUAUCUGAAGCCCAUUGACCCUGCUUCCGAAUUCGUUGAGGAGCCUUUGGACAGCCUUCCGAAAGCAGAUCCGGAAAAUCCGUUAUGGCACCUCAAACUUGACGCGUGCAGUAACUCGUUAGUAAAGACUGGUAUCGGCAGGCUGGCAACAUCUGUCACCGCUCAAGCACUUCAGAACGCGGUACAAGGCUUGCUUCAGGACACAACAUUUGCGUCGCACCCCUUCGCUGUUCAGGCUAUUUCGCAAGCUUGUGAAAACAUCCUCAAGGACCUCAGCUAUGAGACCAGUGACGAGCUCGAAAUCUGCGUCAAGCCGUACAAAUAUCGAGUGAACGUGUCGGACGCAGAAUGGAAGGUCGGACGCGACAACAUCACCGAGAGUCUCAAACAAGAAUUGGAGAACUGCGACAAGUUCGCCAAGUCUGUAGAAGACAGCAUCGGAGGGCGGCGAAGAACCCGAGACGUUAUGGCUUUUAUCGAUCGCGUGCGGAAGGGUGAGACUGUCCUGGAAGGAAACGCAACCGGCGGCGCAGGCGGAUUCAGUACUGAGCUUCUCAACAAGGGCAGAGAAGCCGUCUUUCUCCGGGACAGGCGCGAUAUUCUCCGAAUGAGGUUGAUGGCCGUGAAGAGCAAACAGUGUUCCUCCCCCAAGAACAAAUACUACUGUCCUGAGGUGUUCCUGGAUGCAGUCGCCGAGAAGCUCACCUCUACGGCAGACCUCUUCCUUGACGCUGAGCUGCUGAGCAAGUUCUACUACCAAUUCCCUCGUGUGCUCGAGAAGUGGGGACGCGAGCUCGACGAGAGCACUGUCGAGCGCUUCGCUCGCGAGGACCCUAAGAUCCGCCGCCAUUUGGACGUCGUCAAGCGCAAGAACCUGCUUGAACACGUCCUCAAGGAGAUGGACAGUCUUCGGCAGCUGGAAGCCCGAGAGAAGCGAAGCGCUCCACGCGGCUCGGGUCAAGUCGACGAUGCUGGAAGGCGGAAACGAAGCUGGGGACUGUUCUAA